AUGAGCACCAAGUUCGUUUUCCUUGCCUUGACGCUGCUCGUCGCUGCCGUCCUGGCUGCUCCUAUCCAGGUGGAUGCCAACUCCAUCAUGGCGAGGGCUCUUGAUGGUGCGAUCGGAUCCUCCGAUGCACAGACUGAUGGUCGGAGUGGAUACGACAUCACCAAGCGAUUCGACGAGGUUGACGAGGCCGCUGGCCGCAGUGGAUACGACAUCACUAAGCGAUCCGAUGUAGUCGACAAGACUGCCGCGGGACGCAGCGGAUACGACAUCACGAAGGCCUAG